GAUAUAAUUAACUUCAGUUUUCUUGGAAAAUUAUUAAUGAGAUGUAAUUUUAAUUACAAAAUUGUUUCAUUAGUUUACUAUCACCUCUUGGGUUACAAAAGUGGGGUCAAAUGCGUUAUAUUGUGGUUAAGUUGUGAUAAAAAUGUUGGGCGUGGAGGGUACUUUCCGUGCGUCAUGUUGGCCGUCUUGAAAUGAAAGUGAUUAGUCGAGGAAUCUGUCUUAUUAAUAAUUUUGACGGUACAAGAGUUAGUCAUCGUUCGUUAAAUAUGUGAGACGAAGGAUUAAUUUAAAAUCUUGAAAAUGGCACAAAGUGGUCAAGAGGUUGUUUUCGAAGGUUGGUUAACGAAAUCUCCUCCAACCAAACGUAUAUGGCGAGCGAGGUGGCGAAGACGAUGGUUUUCACUUAAACAUUCCGGAGAGAUUCCAAACCAAUUUAUACUAACCUAUUAUGCAGACAGAAAUUGCAGAAAAUUAAAAGGAUUCAUUAAUUUGGACGACUGCGAGCAAGUUGACUUGGGAUUAAAACUUGACGAACGAAAACUUAAAUUUGACCAUGUUUUCGAUAUUAAAACACCAACACGUACUUAUUAUUUAGCCGCGGAUUCAGAAAGUGAAAUGAAAUCAUGGGUCAACUGCAUCUGUAAAGUGUGUGGCCUUAAAUCAACUAGUGAUGAGGAAGACUUGCAUGUGUCAGACACCAACACUAUUGACAGGGAUAUAACCUUUUGCGAGGAAAAAGACAACAAAAGGCAUGCAAACAAUGAAACCCCACCCAUUUCACCAGUCAGUACUAGUCCCUACAUCCCAAUUUCUGAAUGCAUUACCGGAAAAACCCCAAUUUUAACCCCCCUGGAUUUUAAGGCUCUUUUACAACAAAACAUGAAAAAUAACAUAACGCAUAUGAAUCAAACUUAUGGCAUUUCACAACGAAAUUAUCUAAAUUAUGUGAAUGAUAUGCAAGAUCCGCGUUUUUACGACUGUCCACGUGUUCUCUCGCCCAAUCAAGACGCUAACAAUAAGAAAAACAUUUCUCCAUUGCAAAGCCCCACAGAUACUGAAAGUAUUUUAACUGAUGACGACAUGGCUGAUGUUAACGUUGUAGUAAAACAGAUUUUCACAAAAAGUAAAAUCCAGGCACCGCCAAGGCCGCCGAAGUCGUCACAUGUGGCGCCCUCUACUUACAUCAAUCUCACUAUUAAGAACGAGAUCCACGACGAAGACAAGAAACCAGUCCAGGGGAUUAUAACCGACGACAUGUACGACUUUCCACGCUCUCAUCAGAUUACAGAGGCCGAAACUGUACGAAAUAUGUUACUACGGAGGCACUGUUACAAUAAUGCCGCACCUGCUAAGGUCGAAGGUCAAAUAUUUCGGUAUGACAUAUCCCCCAAACCGUCUACGAGUACGAAUCAAGUGUUCCGAUACGACGCUGAAGAUAUCGGGGAUGAACCGGCGUCCCCUUUGUCUCAGAGCUCCUCCACGACGGCUUAUUCUAACCUCCCGAGUCCUCUUUUAGCCGACAAUCAACUAAUGCCCCCUCCGAUAGUCAACCGAGACCUCAAACCUAAAAGGAAACUUUCUGAUUCGCUGUCAUCUUCGUCCAAUCCCGAGCCAUCUUCGCCGAGAGGAGCGCCAUCUGUCGACCGGAAAUUAAAACCACCGACGCCGCUUCAGGAUGCUCAAAAGGUGAAAUUGGAUGAUAAGAGUCCAACGGGGCGAAGGCGGGCGGCACCGAGUCCCACAAUCGGGCUGGGUAGGUCCCAUGAGAGUCUCCUUUCGCAAAGUAACCAAGAAGAGCAGAUUUACCACUAUUUACCCGUCAAGAUGCAAUAUCUGGAUUUGGAUUUGGAGUGCGGGCCGAAUUUGAAUUCGAGCACGGAUAAAGUGCCCUCAAAGUCUUCGGGGGCGAACACUGUUUAUAAAAAAGUCGAUUUUGAGAAAACUGAGGCAUUUAAUCUUACGAGAAAUAAUUUGGAGAAGGAACGCAAAGAGCCAAUUUUUAAGAAGUGAUGGUGCAAUUUAUCACGUUUUUAUCACUAGAUUUUUUGAUAAAGCUUUAAUGUUGUUUUAAUUAAGUGGCCAUCUUAUGAAAAUUCAUAUCAUGUAUUAUAUUAGAGUAAGUAAUAUUUUUAUAUUCUACAAUGUCAUGAUAAGGGUGUAGAUAAGUCUUACAAAUUUUAAUGUUGUUAUACAAAACCAAGUACGGAAUAAAUAUAGUAUUACAAAUAAA